CUUCGUCUCCGUACGCCUUGAGCUGAUCUUUCGUUCCGCCAUGGUUUCGCUAGCAGGAGAUAAUCACUCCAAUCGAUUUCUCUCAACAACGCAGACUCAUUACUCUUCCACCGCCAUUUCUUCUCUUCAUGGUUCUAAGGUUCAGAGGACUCCCGGUCGAUCCAUGCGAACGAUUCGUUCAAAUCUUUUCCAAAACGAUUCUUGUCGCUCAUUUCCUUCUGCUACCGACGGAAAUUCCGCUGCCGUCUCCGAGAACUUGUCGGAAUCUGUUAUCGAUUUCAGAUUGAGAGAGCUCUCUGUGGAGAGCAACAAGCCAGUCAAGUUCUCCGUUGCGGAAUCUGAUCUCCUCGACCUUUCUCAAGCUUUCACUGAUUUCUCUGUUUGCAGUAGUGACAUCUCCGGAGAGUUGCAGAGGUUAGCUUGCCUUCCAUCGCCUGAUCAUGUUCACAACCCUGACGCCGUUGAUGUGGAAUCCAAUUCUAACAGUGAAACUUUCCUGGAGUCAUGGUUAGGGUGUAUGCAGCGCGAGAAUAUCUCCUCAGAAAUCCUCGACAACGCUCCCCCGGUAAAUCUUGAACCAGCCGUGAAGGCAUGCGUUGAAGGUCUACAGUCUCCGUCCAUUGCUAUCAAACGCUUGGCCGCGGCGAAGCUACGUCUUCUCGCUAAGAAUAGAUCUGAGAAUCGAGCUAUCAUUGGUAAAUUCGGUGCUGUUCCUGCCUUGAUUCCUCUCCUCCGCUGCAGUGACCCGUGGGCGCAGGAACAUGCUGUAACAGCUCUUUUGAAUCUCUCCCUCCAUGAAGACAACAAAACCUUAAUUACCGAUGCCGGAGCUAUAAAACCUCUCAUUUACGUUCUUAAAACCGGCACCGAAGUGUCGAAGCAGAACGCUGCUUGUGCUCUGCUCAGUCUCGCGUUAAUCGAAGACAACAAGAUUUCAAUCGGUGCAUGCGGAGCUAUACCACCCUUGGUUUCUCUGCUCCUGAACGGCUCCACUCGUGGGAAGAAAGACGCGCUUACCACGCUCUACAAGCUCUGUACGGUGCGGCAAAAUAAAGAGAAGGCCGUCAGCGCCGGAGCCGUGAAACCACUCGUGGGGAUGAUUUCGGAGCAGGGGAGCGGUUUGGCGGAGAAGGCUAUGGUGGUUUUGAGUAGUUUGGCCGCUAUUCAAGAGGGCAAAACGGCCAUUGUCGAGGAAGGAGGGAUUCCGGUUUUGGUUGAAGCCAUCGAGGACGGAUCGAUCAAAGGGAAGGAGUUCGCUGUCUUAACGCUCCUGCUACUUUGUGCAGACAGUGUGCGGAAUAGGGGGUUGUUGGUUAGGGAAGGUGGAAUCCCUCCGUUGGUCGCCCUCUCUCAGUCGGGAAGCGCUCGAGCGAAGCACAAGGCUGAAACAUUACUUGGGUAUCUGAGAGAACCGAGGGAAGAGGCAUCCUCUUCUAAUCCUGUGUAGUGGUAAUGAAAUUCAUAAGUGGGUUCUUGUCUUCCUGACUGUGUACAUAGCUGAGUGAGUGAUCUUCUCAUGGUUUUGUUUGUACAGUCUGUGAACUGACUUAGGUUUUGUCUUAAACUAAAACUAGAUGUUGAGUGUUUUAUGUCUUGGUGGGUGAUCCUGGGUUUUGUAUGGGAGAUCCAAAUUUCUACUGAAACACAUAAAAGAGUUUUGGUUUAGGCCUUACAAGAUCGAUCUUAGAAACUGUGUUCCAGUAGGU